UGGAAACGACAGGAUGUGCUAUAUUUUAGUUGAACAUCUUUGAUAUCGACGUCAUUAGCUGCUGCAUGGUCUUUUGUGGUAGCUAACAACAAACAAGUUAUAUUUUUCAGGUAGCUAGCACGUUCCCUAUUAAUCUAGCUGAGCUGGAUCAACAUGAGUUUAGCAUUUAGCAAAGAGCCCCGUAAAACGGCGGGGAACCGCAUGUCUAAAUUGUUAGAUGCUGAAGAAGAAGAUGAAUUCUACAAGACCACAUACGGCGGAUUCAACGACGAAUCAGGAGAUGAUGAGUACAGAGGGGAGCACUCAGACACAGAGGACGAGGUCGACAGUGACUUUGACAUAGAUGAGGGUGACGAGCCUGAUAGUGACCAGGAGGAUGAUGCUCCUCGCAGGAAGAGUCGAGUUGUCACCAAAGCUUAUAAGGAACCUCUGAAGGUGACCAAGCCUAAACCAAAGAGACCCUCGGAGGAGCUGAAGAAGACUGAGAAAGCCAAAAUGGAGAGGAGGGUGCCGCAGGAGUUUCAGGAGUUUGGAGAGACUCGGAAGUCUGUGCGCCAGUCGACCAGCGAGCAUACGCGGAAGACCAACCUGCGACUGCAAGAAAGACAGGAUGCCCCCCGACGGCGGAGGGGAGCCCACCACGACCGACCCCUGACCCAGGAAGAGUUGCUGGCUGAGGCCAAAAUAACUGCUGAGCUCAACCUCCGAUCCCUAGAGAACUACGAGCGUCUUGAGGCUGACAAGAAAAAACAGGUCCAUAAGAAGCGGCGAUUUGAGGGCCCCACCAUCCGCUACCACUCUGUCCUCAUGCCCCUGGUGCCUCACUCCAUCUUAAAAGAAGAAAAUGUGGAUGUGGAAGGGUUAGACCAGGACACACCGCUGCUCGUUGCUCCUGUGGCACCAAGUCCAAUGCCUUCCCAGCAACCCUUGGGAGGUCUUUGCUCCCGCACUUACAUCACCUUUAGCGACGAGGAGGCCUUUGAGGCUGCCUUCCCCCAGGCUGUGCGGACCGGCUCCCAGCCCCCCACCCAGGAAGUCUGUCCUGUCACCCACAAGGCUGCAUUAUACAGAGAUCCAGUUACAGACAUUCCCUAUGCCAACACACGAGCCUUUCGCAUUAUUCGCGAAGCCUACCGCAAAUAUGUGGCAGCUCAUGGAUUCCCCAACUCUGCUGGGGGUUUCUCUGUGGUUGAUGCCUCAGGUUCCAGGAGUGCACGCCAGAAAAUGGUCAAGCAGAGCACAGUUGCAAGGUAGAGGCUUAUAUUCUCUCAUAAGUCUGUCCUCCUUUUAUUUAGAGCCCCUCAUCUGUUCAAAGAUUUAAAUCUACAGUCUGGGAUUCAUCUUUCACCGAAAUGGCAGCCUCAGUACUUGUUUUGGUGUACAGCUGAAGCAUAGGGCUAUGGAAAUUCUUGUUUGUAAACAUUGAAGUAAUAGAAUUUACAUUUAGGAUAGAACGGGGCUUUCCAACCUUGUUCUGUAGGUAUGUGAAUAAAAUUUUCAAUAAAUUUCCUUUAACA